CACGACGGAUCUCACCGAGGUUUGGACGGCACGUGGACGGUUUCAAAGCAGACGAACGAGAAGACGAAGCAGGAGAAGAAUAAGAUCAGCCGACAAGAUAUAUCAACAAGCGACGGGCCACCAAACUCGGAUCAUGAGCGGCACAAUGAUCAGCGGACGUCAGUACUACGAGAUACCGCCUGCGGGCCAAGCGAUCACGACUUCCUACAAAGGCAACCGACGGUUCGAUCCCGAUUACGGACUCAACUACGGGCACCACAGCUACGCUAUCGAACAGAAAGACUACCGAACGGCCCGGGCAGUCUCUGGCGGUAGCCUUGGGCCAGCGGGUGCAAGGCAAUCGCUGUCGGCGCUGGACGACAAACGUGCCAACGAAAUUCGACAUGGCGUCUACGCACAUGUUUUCCUCGAUGUCAAAAAUAGCAACAAAUCAGAUGCUCCGAAGACCGGCAGAUACGGAUAGGCACUCGGGCUACGGCUUACUGCAGGAGAAUCCAGCCCGAUUGAACAAGCCACUUCCUGCGAUGCCGUUAAGUUGUUCCGGUUGGUUUGUUGUCAAGAUUACGUCCCCACGAGAUCCUCCUGCCCAGGCUGGGCGGGGCGGAGACAGAGUUACUUGUCACUUCUGAGAUGGGAAAUGCAUCGACGGCCG